AUGAUCAGCAGUAUUAGUAGUAGUAGUAGUACUAUCAACACGAGUACAGAAAACAACAACAACAACAUCAACAACAACAAUUAUAAUCAUGACUUAUUAUUCUAUUUAAAUGGAAACAAGGUAGUUGUUCGUAAUCCCAAUCCAGAACACACUUUAUUACAUUAUCUUAGAUCAUUAAAUGUUGGUUUAACAGGAACUAAAUUAGGUUGUGGCGAGGGAGGAUGUGGAGCAUGUACAGUGAUGAUAUCACACUACUCAUCCAAUCAAGAUAAAAUUAUUCAUCGUGCUAUCAAUGCAUGUCUAUUUCCAUUAUGUGCUGUAUCAGGAUGUGCUAUAACAACUAUUGAAGGUCUAGGUAAUGUUACCGAUGGUUUGCAUCCUGUUCAAUCACGUAUUUCAGAGGCAUAUGGUUCACAAUGUGGUUUUUGCACACCUGGUAUCAUUAUGGCAUUGUAUUCUUAUCUUCGUUCACACCCCACUGCCACUCAACAUGACAUUGAAGAAUGUUUUGAUGGUAAUCUUUGCAGAUGUACUGGUUAUAGACCAAUUUUAGAUGCUGCAAAAUCUUUUGGUUUGCCAUCUACAAAUUCACUACCAUCAAUUGCAAGUGGAAUUGAUACAGAGACACCAGAAAAACAAAAUAUUUGUCCAUCAAGCGGUAAACCAUGUGAUUGUAAAUCAAAUACUCAACAUAUUCCAUCAAAACCAUUAGAUUUAAAACAAGAAUUAAUCUUUCCACCGUAUUUGGUAAAUUACAAACAAGAAACCACUUUGAAAUUCGAUGGAGAUAGAGCCAUUUGGUACACACCAACCACAUUUGAUGAAUUAUUGCAAUUAAAAUCUCAAUACAAUCAUGCCAAGAUUGUAGUUGGUAAUACAGAGAUUGGAAUUGAAACAAAGUUUAGAAAUGUUGUGUAUCCUGUAUUAUUAUCCCCUGUUCGUGUUCAAGAGAUGAAUGGAAUCAGAAAAGCUGAUGAUGGUAUCCACAUUGGUGCAAGCGUCACUUUGACCGAAAUUCGUUCCUAUCUCCAAGGUUUAUGCAACGACAAGCAAUUAGUUGACCAAAACAAGACACAAACCUAUAGAGCCAUGUUGACACAGUUUAAAUGGUUUGCUGGCAACCAAAUUAGAAAUGCUGCCUGCCUCGGUGGUAACAUUGUCACUGCUAGUCCAAUCUCUGAUAUUAAUCCAGUGUUAUUGGCUGCUGGUGCCAUUUUGGAACUUGUCUCUAUCGACAAAAACACUGGUGAAAAACUUGUACGUCAUGUAAACAUUCGUACCUUUUUCAAAACAUACCGUGUCGUUGAUAUCCUUCCAUCUGAAGUUCUUUCAAGUAUCUUUGUUCCAUUUACCAACCAACUGGAGUAUGUCGAAGCCUACAAACAAAGUCGUCGUCGUGAAGAUGAUAUCGCUAUUGUUUCUUGUUGCUUCCGUGUACAAUUGGAACGUUCCAAUCAAACAACAGCGACAGGAGAGUAUUCAAUCAAGGAUAUUUCAUUGGCCUAUGGUGGUAUGAAUGUAAAGGCUGUUCUUGCCACCAAAACAAUGGAUGCGUUGGUUGGAAAGAUAUGGUCUCAAUCAUUGUUGGAUGAAAUCUAUUCAAAUCUAGAGAUUGACUUGCCAUUGGCUGAGGGUGCUCCCGGUGGAAUGAUAGAGUACCGUCGAUCACUCACAACCAGUUUCUUUUUCAAAUUCUUUUUAACUGUAAAUAACUAUCUCUUUGUCGACUCUCAAGGAAACACAAAAUAUCAAGUCGACGAGAGAGAAAAGAGUGCUACCAAUCCCUAUCACAGAGAAAUGACCUCGGGUGAACAAACCUACCAAACCCAACCACUUUUGCAUCCAGUCACUCAACCAAUUAAACAUCAAAGCAGUGACAAGCAAGUAACUGGAGAAGCAAUCUAUGUAGAUGAUAUGAAACAAUCGUCAUUGUACGCAGCCAUGGUUCUCUCAACCAAGGCACAUGCCAACAUUACAUCUAUCGAUGCCUCAAAAGCCUUAUCAUUGCCAGGAGUAAAGGGUUUCUACACUCACAAGGAUAUUCGUGGAAGUAACAUGACAGGUCCUGUAUUCUAUGACGAAGAACUAUUGGCAAGCAAGACUGUACUCUGUCAAGGUUAUCCUAUCGGUGUGAUUGUAGCUGAAACACACCAACAAGCUCUAGAAGCUUCCAAAGCCGUACAAAUCCAAUAUGAAGAGUUAACACCAGUUCUCACCAUUGAAGAUGCCAUCGAGAAGAACUCAUUCCUUGAUAUGGUGCACACCAUCAAGAAUGGUAGAGAGGUGGAUCAAGUUUUUGGUGAAUGUGAAAAUGUCGUACAAGGAGAAUUCAAAAUGGGAGGUCAAGAACACUUUUAUUUAGAGACCAACGUCUCUUUGGCCGUUCCAAUAGAAGGUGAUGAAUAUCACAUCUACUCUUCAACACAAAAUCCAACAAAGACUCAAAUUCUGGUUGCCAAGGCCCUUGGUGUCUCAAUGAACCAAAUAGUUGUAAAGACCAAGCGUAUGGGUGGUGGUUUUGGUGGAAAAGAGUCUCGUUCCAUCUUUGUUUCUUGUAUCGCCUCUUUGGCUGCUCAAAAACUUCGUCAACCAGUUCGUCUUGUAUUGGAUCGUGAUACAGAUAUGAUCACUACUGGUACACGUCAUCCAUUCUUGGGUCGUUACAAGAUUGGUUUUGAUAACGAGGGAAUGAUAAAGGUGGCAGACAUUCAAUUAUUUGCCGACGCUGGUUAUUCCUAUGACCUAAGUGGUGGUGUAUUGGAUCGUGCCAUUUUCCACUCUGAGAAUGCCUACAAAGUACCAAACAUUCGUGUUGUUGGAAGACUAUGCAAGACAAAUCUGCCAACCAACACUGCUUUUAGAGGAUUUGGUGGUCCACAGGGUAUGAUGGUUUGUGAGAAUUGGAUUGAACAGAUCAGUCAUCAUUUGCAAAUUCCAUCGUACAAGAUCCGUGAAAGAAACUUUUACAAGGAAGGAGAAUUAACUCAUUACUUGCAAGAGGUAAGCAACUGUCACUUGGAUCGUAUUUGGAAGGAAACAUUACAAAAGAGUAACUAUCUUGCUAGAUUGGAACAAGUGAAACAAUUCAACGAAAAGAACAAAUGGAAAAAGAGAGGUAUUGCAUUGAUUCCAACCAAAUUUGGUAUGUCUUUUACAAUCAAGACAUUGAACCAAGCUGGUGCUUUGGUUCACAUAUACACUGAUGGAUCUGUAUUGGUCACUCAUGGUGGUACCGAGAUGGGACAAGGUUUGCACACAAAGAUUAUUCAAAUUGCAGCCAAAGAAUUGGGUGUUCCAGUUGAAAAAGUGUACGUAAGUGAAACAUCGACAGACAAGGUCGCCAAUACAGCACCCACAGCAGCCUCUGUCUCUUCAGAUAUGAAUGGUAUGGCCACAUUGGAUGCAUGCAAACAAAUCAAUCAACGUCUUGAACCUCUUCGUCAACGAUUCCCCAACUACAGUUUUGCACAAUUGACAACACAAGCCUUUGUCGAACGUAUCAAUCUCUCUGCCAACGGAUACUAUGCAACACCCAAUGUUGGUUACCUCUUUAAGGAUGGUGGUGUAGGUGAAGGUACUCCAUUCAACUAUUUCAACUAUGGUUGUUCUGUCAGUGAAGUGGAAAUUGAUACAUUGACAGGCGACCAUACCAUUCUACAAAGUGAUAUCAUUAUGGAUGUUGGUGACAGUUUGAAUCCCACCAUUGAUAUAGGACAAGUAGAGGGAGCCUUUAUUCAAGGAGUAGGACUCACUACACUAGAAGAAGUUGUUACAUUUAAGCCAAGUGGCUACCAAUUCACACGUGGUCCAUCGACCUAUAAAAUUCCAGGAUUCAAUGACAUUCCAAUUAUUUUCAAUGUCAGUCUCUUUGGUGAUGCACCCAAUCCAAAAGCAAUUCAUUCUAGUAAGGGUGUAGGAGAACCACCAUUAUUCUUGGGUAGUUCUGUAUUCUUUGCUAUUCGUGAGGCUAUCAUUGCCUCUAGACAAGAACAAAAAUUAGUAGAUAAUAAUGGUAAUAAUGUUGUUGCCGAAUUCCUUCAUUUAGAAUCACCUGCAACUUGUGAAAGAAUUAGAAAUGCUUGUAUUGAUAGAUUCACAAAACAAUUUACUAAAUAA